AUGGGCUCUGGAGCAAGCGCUGAUGGAGCAUCAGGUGCGUUAGCAACUGUAUCAAGUGCUUCCCCUGGGACAUGUGCGGCUUCAACAAAGGCCAGGAGAAACAGCGAAAGUGAGCGACGACAGAGGCGGGAGGUGGACGUUUCCAGCGGCCAUCAGAUCACGGCAAAGCUCACGAAGAAGGGGAAAUAUGGCUUGAAGCUGGCAAAGCGCGGCGAUCAUCUCUGGCGAAUCAUAGAGAUCCUGCCUGAAGGUACGGUGUAUGAUCACAACCAGUCGAAUCCGCAAGAGACGCUCCGGGAGAAUGAUCUCAUCCUCAAAAUCAAUGGAGAGGAUGCCGACAUUCGGAUUCUGGAGACAGCCGAGGAUGGCACCGAAAUCGAGGUGACUGUUCUUCGUUUGCCGCGGUCUGUCGCACCUCCUCCGUACGCGUUCGGCGUGAAGCCGGAGGCCGCUUUGCUGGGCAUCUUGUGCUCCUCGUGGGCUCGGCACCUCGGCUAUGUUGGGCCUGGAGUGGCUUUAUCUGGUCUCAUUGCUUCUGCUGUUGCUGCGGCACCAGCAUUUGUUGUAUUGGCCGCCACCUUCAUGGGUUGGUCCAGGUCCGAGGCUGCUUUGGUGGAGCUCACCAGGGCACGGCCUCAACAACCUCUUGAGCGAAUCGGCCGAUACGACUUGCAGAAGUUGGAGGGCCUCUACCUUGAUGGCAUUACAACUUUCUAUUCUGCGUUUUACGACAGGCCAACAAAUCAGCUUUGGUAA